AUGAGGCAAAGUUCAAAUUUGGCCAAAGUCAUAAUUUGUUCUGCACUGGGAGCUUGCCUUACGUCAGCUGUAAAGGCUCGCACAAGACAAAGGCAGGAAGAAAAUGCAAUUAUUGAAUCCCUACAAAAUUCAGUUGAAAGUUUGCAAAAUGAAAAUCACUUGUUACGAACUGCUCUGAGUGGAGAGUAUGCCAAAAAUUCACGGUAUGCUGACUCCUUUAAGGAGUUGUUGGAAAAAGAAACUCCUCAGAUAAAUCCCAUAUAUUCUCAAGCAGAAUUACAUUUGGUAAAAAAUUGUGAAAAUUGUUGCUCACAAAUGAGACUUUUGAUUAAAACGGAAUAUAAUUAUCUCAAUGAUGAAGAUCUUGAUCUACACAUAACCACUGAAGAAAUCCCGUGCGCUGCUACUGAAUUGGCUAAGUUGAAAAAGGAGUACAAGCAUCUCCCUCACAAGUCGGAGGCAGAAUACAUGUUCCGAGUGUCUCUCACUGGAGGUGAUCAAAUUCAAUUAACAGAACAAGAUGCAGGUGGUUAUUUGGGACAUGUUGUUUUCUUAACAAGAGGAGAUAAAAGCAGCCCAUGGUCCCUAACCCAGUGAGCUGCAUAUUGGGCAGGGGGACUUAACACCCUGGAAAAGGGAGAUCCUGUAGCUUUGACUGGCUCCCCAGACCAAAUUCUAGAAAAUAUUUAUAAGGCAGCUUGUUUGCAACUGAUUCACGAAAGAAAAAUAAUUGCUGGUUAAGAAUCACCAAUGUUGUUAGGUGUGGAAGCUAAAAUUAUGACCCCUUUAAUUUGUGGUGUUCCAGAAUCACUGAAACCUACAGCAAUUCUCCAAACAGCCAUAGAUGAUAUCCUUGUGGAAGGAGAUGAAAAAGAAUAA